GCAGCUUCAUGUCUCACAACAAGUCUUAUAAACAGUGUGUGAAUAAAAUCCUGUAACGUCUCCACAGUUGUGACUAAUUAUUGAAUGUUCCCAUGAUCUCAGGUGUGAAGAGGCCUUCUGUUUAAACAAAGAUGUUCUCACUGUAUCGUCCUGUGGAGUCCUUUUGAAAUGUAAUUACUUUUUCUCUCUGGAUGUUUUUAUUGUUUUUAGAUGUGGUACGAGUGAAACCUGGAGAUGAUGUCAUUCUGCCAUGUCAGGCUGGUGAAGCCUCCAUCAGAGCUGUAGAGUGGAGCAGACCUGACCUGGAGCCAGAGACCGUCCUCUUUUACAGAGAUGGACGCUCAGUUCCAACCCAGCAGCAUCCAUCCUUUAAGAACCGGGUGCAGCUGGUGGACAGAGAGCUGAAGGACGGAGACGUGUCUUUAAUUCUGAAGAACGUGAGCAGCAACGACACUGGAACAUACGAGUGUCGAGUUGCAACAGGAGGUUCAAGACGUAAGAGAGCCAUCAUUAAGACUGAGCCAAUCAGAAUCAUCCAGCUGGAGGUUUCAGGGUCCAACAGCGGAGACGUCGAGGAGGGAAACUACGGUCUUUACUACGGACUGGGAGCAGCUUUUGUUCUGGUUUGUUUAGCUGCUGUUGGAUUGGCUGUUGGCUGGAAAUAUAAAAGACAUAAGGACAAGAAACCAGAACAGCCUGCUGCUGAAGAAGCAGUGAACGACCAGUUACUCUGACUUGUCACAGACUC